AGAGGCAAAUAUAUAUACGAACGUACAGCCUUUCCUCAUCGCAUUGAAACACCGACAUCCGUGGAAAUAAGGUGUAAAAGACGGCACGCACUUUAAUUUAUAUAAGUAGUGAUUUAAAAACUUAUAAUAAGUGUUUUAUUCAAGUUUCAAUAAACGAAGAGAUGGAAAAGUUCUUCCUCGUACUAAUGGCGGUGGCUUCGAUAUUUGCGACCACUUUGGCGCAAAGGAGCAAAAGUUGCGAUACCAAGAGAUUGCAGGACGAUCCUGGGAAAGUGGACGUUUAUUGCGACUGCAUGCAAAGGCUUACACAGAUGUCUCUCAAAAUCAACAGACUCACCAUCAACCAGACCGAAUGCUCAGAAACGGGGCUCGAACUCAUGUGGUCCGAGCUCGAGUCUAAAGUGGCCCCGGAGAAGCUGGUCUUGGUGGGAGCCCAAGUCUACAUCACCCCGAACGCCACCGUGGAAUCGUGGACUCCCAGCAUCAAAGUGCUCGAGUUCGUCGACUGCAACAUCACGGAGCUCCCGCCACACGCCUUCAGAGGCAUGAGCCUCCUCAGGGAGGUGCGACUGAUCGGGAGCAACGUGGAGGUCAUCAAGACCGAUGCUUUCAGCGACCUCACUGACCUGAAGGUCGUCGAAGUGGCCAACAGCACCAUCACCCUGAUCGAAGACCACGCCUUCAACAACCUCCCCGCCCUAGACGACCUGGCCUUCGGGUACUCCUCCAUCGGCAGCUUCGCGUCGGGCGCCAUCUCUCUCCAGCCAUCGCAGGCCGCAGCCAGAGAGAGGUGCAGGAGCGGCGGCCGGUCAACGGGAAUGAUCGACGACAUCAUGGGACGAGAACUCUCGUCGUCGUCCUUCGGCAACCUCUCUCUGCCCGAGUACGGCACUCGCCUCACUCUCUACAAGAACAACAUCAUCACCGUCAAUUCCAAGGCCAUCAGCACCGAGACACUCGGGUUCUUGAUCGUCGGAGGCAACCACAUUCUGGUGGUCGAGCGAGAGGCCUUCGACAUGGAGCUGCACAACGAGUGCGAGAUCAGCGCGGCCCUCUUCGUCGGCAACACCAUCGACACCCUCAGCAGCCUGGCCCUCAAGGGUCUGAGAGGAAGGGACGGAGCGGCCCACCAGGCGUUCCUCGCCAUCGCAAACAACACCUUCGUGAACGUCUUCGACCAGGCCUUCCAGCUCUCGGACAACCUAGUCGUCUUCGCCGUGGAGGAGAACCAGUUCGUUUGCAGCUGCGACAAAAUCAGAUGGGUCAUGAACAAGCCCAGUGGGGAGGUACAAUUACAGUUGGAGAAGGAGAUUGUCGAGAAGGCAGUCUGUUUCGAUGGAAGCAAACUCAUCGACUUCACAACGUCCUGCACGGACAAUGGAAAUCCCUCCUACACCACAGAUGCAAGUGCCCACAGCACAACAGAAGUGACCACAGAAGAGCCACUCAACAGUGCCUCUGCCAUUUCGUACACGGCGUCUCUGGCAGCUGUUGUAAUUGCCACCGUCUUCCUCUGAUCUGAUUUCUCCCAAGACCUCAAUAUUCUAUCACUGUUAUCAUCAUUGUCAUCAUCUUCCUCAUCUGUAGUCAUAUUCACGGACUGUUGUGAUAUUCAUACACAAAUAAUUAAGUUAAUAGACCACGUACAGUAUUGUUUAUUUAUGUAUCAGUUAAGUAUUUAUUCCUGAUUUGUAAUACGAAAAGACUAUAAUAAAUUGUUGUUUUUGUAAAA